GGAAAAAAUUAGGAAAAAAGAGGUUGUGAAACAGUCUGUUAGGAGGCUGCUGGGACUCGGAGGAGACAGCUGAUGUUUACUUCGUGUCUUGCCGAGGGACAGAGAGGGUAUCUCUCUUUUUGGCUGCUGGGAAAAUGAUGUGAGGAGAAAAUGAGGAUAUUUUGAUUUUUUUUUGUCUGGAAAUACUUAAAUACUUACUUCACCUCCUGGAAGAAACAUAGUUGGUUCAGGCGUCAUGGGAAGCUUCAAGGGCCACGCGCUACCUGGAAGCUUCUUUCUGGUAGCUGGGAUCUGGUGGACAGGAAAGCACUCACUCUGGCACGCCACCCGCAGGAACAAGAAUAUCGGUUCCACUCGGCUGGCCAGCAGAGCCUCACAGCGCCGCCUGGAGAUCAUUGAAAGCUCUGUCAUACUCUUCUUCUCUUUUGUGGGGAUGGUGGCAGAGCAGUUCUUAGCAGAUGGACCGAAACUCCAGUUGUAUGACUUUGCAGAGAAACACUGGGAAGAUCUGAUGAACUGGCAGCAUACCACCAUGUAUCUGUUCUUCAGCUUGGCUGCGACCGUUUCCCUCAUCAUCCACACCACAGAUGCUGCUCCGCUGGCACUGGAUAGGUUAAUGCUGGCAAUUGCUUUCUUUAAUGAAGGAUUUCUUUUCCUCUACCACCUCCAUGGCAGGAGUAUGCUGGAUGUCCAUGUACAUCAGCUCCUUCUCUAUGCCAUCUUUGGAGAUGCUUUUGUUGCCUUCCUGGAGGUCUUUCACCGAGGGAACAUCCUGCUGGAGCUGCUGCGCUGCACCCUCACUCUCCUGCAGGGAAGCUGGUUCUGGCAGAUUGGUUUUGUGCUGUAUCCUCCCCAUGGCCCUGAGUGGGACCUAAAGGAUCAUAACAAUAUGAUGUUCAUCACCAUGUGUUACUCCUGGCACCUCGCCUUCGCUAUGUUCGUUGUGGGCGUGCUCUACUGCACUGUCAGCUGUGUGGUUCGCUCCAGAUUGAAGAGGACUCCUCCUAUGGAAAUGGGACUUCUGAAGCCCAGAGACAGGGAUCCAGAGUCAGAAGAUGAGAUUUUAUGAAAAGGACUGUUGUACACUUACAUUGUGACUCAUAUAUAUCACAAUUAAAUCAGGGAUACAAUGUUUGCAGUUCCAGCCGCAGUACGACGAGAGGCGAAGCAUGCAGACAGAGAAGGGAUAAGGACCUGGUAUCUGGAUGCUUUACUUUAGAAAUAUAUCUCUACCUCUGCCUUACUUAACCAUCUGUAAACCUUUCAGCCUUAUUCUCAUUGUUAAUUGCUAUUUAUUUUACUGUGGCCUAAUACUUUUCAUAUCUCAUAUCUCUUUUUUUUCAUUAUUCUUUUGCACACUAUAAGUGAACAUGAACUCAUAUGGGAAAGCUUUUUUUUAUGGUUUGCAUGCUUUUCAUUUGCCAAACUUUCCUUGUCAGACAUUUUGGUGUUCAGUAGCGCCAUCUUGUGGUGAAAACAAUCAUCCUUAGUACUGCAUAUUUUACUUGAAAGCAUAUCUUUAAGUAUUUUACGUAGCUUUUUUGUUUCAUGUUGUUACACAUGUGAGACACACAACUGCCAAAAAUAAGACUUGUAUUAAAGUUGUUUAAAUGUU